CGCUUCAUUGUGCUUCAGCAGCUCGGCGACGGCGAAUCUUUCGGUGAGAGAGUCGCCAUGAACAGGAUCCGAAUUCACGUCUUGCCGAGCAGUCGGAACCGACUGACGCCGCAGCCAGCGCGUCCGCAGGAGGCUCAGACUUGCGCCUUCGCCCAGCGUCUGUGCUCGCAGCCGCGGCUGGACGGCUUGGAUUUCUGCAUCAAACACGUUCUGGAGGACAAAAGCGCCCCCUACAAGCAGUGCAAUUACGUCUCCGCCAAGAACGGCAAACGCUGCCCCAACGCCGCGCCCAAGGUGGAGAGGAAAGACGGCGUGACGUUCUGCGCCGAGCACGCCCGGCGGAACGCCGCGGCCCUCCGCGCUCAGAUGAGGAAGGCGUCGUCCGGCCCCUCGCCAGAGGCGCUCUUGUCCCAGCUGAGCGGAUACGAUGGCGGUCGCUCGGAAGCCGCUCGCCUUCUCGAUGAGGACAGUCCAUUGAGUGAGGAAGAACAGACUCCGCUGGUACUGGAUCAGACGUGGAGAGGAGACCCCGAAAGUGAGGGCGACAGCAUCGACAGCGACCACGAGGAUCCGCUCAAACAUGCCGGCGUGUACACCGCCGAGGAGGUGGCGCUCUUCACCCGAGAGAAACUCAUCAGACUGCAGUCCCUCUACAUUGACCAAUUCAAACGCCUCCAGCAUCUGCUGAAGGAAAAGAAGCGCAGAUACCUGCACAACCGCAAAAUGGAGCACGAAACCAUCGGUAGCAGUUUGCUGACCGGACCCGAGGGCCUGUCCUCCAAGGAGAGGGAGAACCUGAAAAAGCUGAAAGCUCUCCGGCGCUACCGCCGGCGCUACGGCGCCGAGGCGCUGCUGCACCGCCAGCUGAGAGAGCGCAGACAGACGCUGACCGAGGGGGCGCCGCAGGCCCAGUCGCGAGCGGCGCAGGAGAAGUGCGUUUCCUCGACGGAUGGCGACCGCUGCCCCAAUCCCUGCCUCCCCCUGAGCCGCCACUGCCUGGCCCAUAUCUUCCAGGACGGCAACCAGGUCCUGUUCAAGAGCUGUCCGGGCACCAAGGACGUCCCGUGCGAGCGUCCGGUGCACAUGGGCCAGUCGGACGACCCCCGCUGCCCGCUUCACCUCCCCCUGCCGCCUCCCAUGUACCGGCCGGAGCGGGAGCCCCCCCAGCAGGAGCAUCCCGCCCCCGGCGCCAGAGAGCUGUACCUGAGCGCCGCCGAGCUCCGGCCCACCGAGAGCCUCCCCCUGGAGUUCAGCGACGACCUGGACGUGGAAGGCGACGGGACGCAGGGCCCGCCGUCCCCCCUGCAGUUCGACACGGCGCUGGCCCUGGAGGACCACACCAUUCGGGCCAUCGCCGAGGCGCCCAUGGACCUGCUGACCGCCGACGACCCGGAUCGGGCGGACCCCGACGUCGACAACGACGACGUCGCGGGCGAGCAGGCGGAGGCGCGGGCCAAAGACGACGCUCCCAGAUGAAGGAAAGCCGGCCCUCGCUUUUGCUCUCCGCACAGACGGCGGCGACCCGACUCGACGCUUUUUGAAGCGUUCGCCGACCGCUCUUUGAUCGCUCGCGUUCGACGUCGCCCCACCUCGGCCAAAAUGUUGAUUGGCGUUUGCCGCCGCGGGGAGCGAAGCCUUCGGCGGAGCGCUCCCCGUCGUCAUCGGCGACUCGGUAAACGUAUCGCUGAUGUGCCGCUUUCCUCGC